GUAGAUUAAUAGUGUGUGGUUUGUAUGGCAAUGAUUGAGCGGUGCAGUGAGUUUAUAAAUGGGUUGUAAAAGUAAAACAUUUUCUUAGUUACUAACAGCCUUCAGCCCCCAAUUAAUGGCUUGCAAAGGCAUCCUCGUCCUGUAUACAUUCUGCCUGAUUGUGAUCUUCUUCUCCAUGUUUAUUUUCUCGCACUCUUUAACCACUUCCUCACUUAACCAGGGCCAUGUCCUCAAUGCUACAGAUCUCCUUGUUUCAAGAAACGGGCUCUUCACCUUAGGAUUCACUGGCAGGUACUUGGUAAUAAACUACACCGCCUUGGACGGAUAUAUGAUUACAAGCCAUCCUCUCUGGAUAGCCAACAGAGACGCACCCAUUGUGGAAGAUUCAGGAGCUCUUACAAUUGAUAAUCUAACUGGAACGCUGAAAAUUGUGCGGAAAGGUGGGAAACCGAUUGAAUUAUUCUCAGGAUAUAAUUCCAACGGAAAUUUAACAGCCGUCUUACUUGACAAUGGAAAUUUUGUGUUGAAAGAAGCCAACUCCAGCAGCAUAUUGUGGCAAAGUUUCGAUUAUCCAACAGAUACCCUUUUGCCAGGCAUGAAAUUGGGGAUCAAUCACAAGACGGGAAAGAAAUGGUUACUUAGAUCAUGGCAAGCUGAAGAUAAUCCAAUUCCUGGAGGUUUUACUCUGGAGUGGGACACUAGUCAACGCCAGAUUGCAGUGAGGCGACGAGGAGUUUUAUUUUGGACCAGCGGAGUAUUGACUCCUGAUAAUAGGUUCCCUAACUUCUUGGAAUUGGAUUCGGUGAAUCAAAAUUAUAAUUUCACUUUUGUAUCGAACCCAGAUGAAGAAUACCUUUUUUAUACGCUCUACGUUGAUGAAGAGACACCUGAAGACCGCAGGAAGUUUUCCAGGUGGUUUCUUGAUUACACAGGGAACAUACAAGAAGAUGCAGGGAGACCUUCCUUGGUGACUUCCGAAUUUUGCGACGGAAGUAACACGAAAUUUGGGUGCAAGCAAUGGGAAUUAGGCCCAGAGUGCAGAAGAAAUCGGGAUCGAUUCGCAGUAAGAGCUGGUUAUUUUACGUCUGCGCUUACUGAUUUUUCAAAUCUCAGCUUUAUUAAUUGCCAAGACUCAUGUUGGAAAGAUUGUGCAUGUACUGGAUUCAUGUCAUCAAAUGGUGGCACUGCUUGCAUACUGUAUAAAGGACCAUUUUAUAACAAAGAUUUACGAGGAGGUGAAUCAAGCUAUUACAUCAUUAUUCCAGGGCCGCCAGAUAAAGCAAUAAAGACAUGGAUAUGGAUUGUAAUUAGUAUACUGAUUGCCCUAAUCCUGGCGUUCAUGAGCGUCUUCUUGUACUUGCGAUGGAAGAGACUUAGAGUAGAAGAGAAGUUUCUGAAAGAGCUGAUGACAGAUGAUAGAGCAACGGAUGUAGAUGAGCUUCAAAACAAUGGAAACAGAGGCCACAAUCUAGAGAUCUAUAAUGUUGCAAAAAUUAUGGCUGCUACCAAUAGCUUCUCAUUGCACAACAAACUUGGAGAAGGUGGUUUUGGACCUGUUUACAAGGGGAGAUUAACUGAAGGACAAGAAAUAGCAGUAAAGAGACUGUCAAGUAAAUCAGGACAAGGGCUACUGGAGUUUAAAAAUGAGCUUAUAGUCAUAGCUAAAUUGCAGCAUAUGAAUCUUGUAAGGCUCCUAGGUUUCUGCAUCCAAGGGGAAGAGAAAAUGUUGGUCUAUGAGUACAUGCCCAAUAAGAGCUUGGAUUCUUUCAUCUUCGGUGAUCAAUCAAGAAGGGAGGUAUUAGAUUGGAGCAGGCGUCUUAACGUCAUUGAAGGAAUAGCUCAAGGUCUUCUUUACCUCCAUAAGUAUUCGAGAUUGAGAAUAAUCCAUAGAGAUUUGAAAGCUAGUAAUAUUUUACUUGACAAAGAUAUGAACCCAAAGAUAUCUGAUUUUGGUUUGGCAAGAAUAUUUAGGCAGAAUGAGUCUGAAGCAAAUACAUGGACCCUUGUUGGAACACGUGGAUACAUGUCGCCAGAGUAUCUCAUGGAGGGCAUUGUCUCUAUCAAAUCUGAUGUUUACAGUUUUGGAGUAUUAGUAUUGGAGAUUAUAAGUGGUAAAAAGAAUCAUAAUGUUUAUCAUCAUGACCGUCCGCUCAACCUUGUGUGUUAUGCAUGGGAAUUGUGGAAAGAGGACUCGUUAUUACAAAUACUUGAACCGGCUAUAAGAGAUUCAGCUUCUGAAGAUCAAGUUUUGAGAUGCAUUCACGUGGGGUUGCUAUGCGUUGAGCGGAGUCCUCGAGAUAGGCCGACCAUGUCAGAUGUUUUAUUUAUGUUAACAAAUGAGGCUCAGCAAUUGCCGGCGCCGAAACAGCCAGCAUUUUAUAUAGGAGAGAACAGUGUCACGAUGAACCCAAGUGAAAGAAACAUGAAAACUGGGUCGAUAAAUGGCAUGUCCGUUUCCGAGAUGGAUGGAAGAUAACCCGACAUAUUUGUAAAAAGGGUGAGAUUGAAGAGGUAGGACGAUAUGAUCUUUCUUAUUUUUUUCCUUUAGAUUCAUGGCCAUGAAGCACUAUAGCUAGAGGCCCCAUAUAUAGCUUGUGGAAUUGCUUGUUAUCAAUUGGCAAGUUACAGUUUAGUAAAAUGUUGCCCUUGCAGCCUGGUCUUUGUGUG